AAGGUGGUUUUGAAAUCGUGGGCUCCUCUUAGCUCCUUCCAGAGACCGGGGAGAUAGACAAUGGUGAUGCCGACUAUCCGGCGUGGGAGCCGCACCGUAUCCAGUUGCGGAAAUCCAACGAGCUUCCACCGAGCAGAUUCUAAAUGAAAGGGGAAGAGGAGGUCUACAGACUUACAUGUUCGACAACAUCGUAUAAGUAUCGUCUUUUCUGCCCACAUCUUUUGCUUCUAUUCUCGAUACCCCAUCGAGCUUCUUCAUUCACACUCUUUUCAACCACAUUCUUUUUCUUCACCGACUCUAGUCUCUCAUUCGACAUUCCUGUACAUACUCGAAGUAUCCCACGUGUUGAUCACAUACCAAAAUAAAUCAAGAAACGAUGAAGUUCCUCUCCGUUGUCGCGGGCCUUAGCGCCCUGGCUGCCGCCGCCCCCGCCGAGCUCGACACCCGUGCCUCGUGCACCUUCACCGACGCCAAGACGGCCAUGUCCAAGAAGACCUCCUGCACCGACAUCGUCCUCAACGGCAUCAAGGUCCCCGCCGGCGAGACCCUCGACCUCACUGGCCUCAAGGACGGAACCAAAGUUACCUUCAAGGGCACCACCACCUUCGGCUACAAGGAGUGGGAGGGCCCCCUCAUCGCCAUCGGCGGUAAGAAGGUCAGCGUUGUCGGUGCUUCCGGCAACUCCAUCUCCUGCGAGGGUGAGCGCUGGUGGGACGGCAAGGGAGGCAACGGUGGCAAGAAGAAGCCCAAGUUCUUCAAGGUCAAGAUCAACGACGGAUCCAUCUCUGGCCUGAACGUCAAGAACACCCCGGCCCACGGAUUCUCCAUCAACAGCGUCUCCGGCCUCAAGGUCUCCAACAUCCUUUUCGACAACAAGGAGGGUGACUCCAAGGGAGGCCACAACACCGAUGCCUUCGAUGUCGGUCAGUCCUCUGACGUGACCAUCUCCGGCGCCAAGGUCUACAACCAGGACGACUGCCUGGCCAUCAACUCCGGUACUGGCAUCACUUUCGAGAACGGAUACUGCUACGGCUCCCACGGUCUCUCCAUCGGCUCCGUUGGUGGACGUACCGACAACACCGUCCAGAACAUCAUUAUCCGUGACUCGACCAUCGAGAAGGCCGACAACGGUAUCCGCAUCAAGACCAUUGCCAACAAGACCGGUAAGGUCAACGGUAUCACCUUCGAGAACAUCACCCUCAAGAACAUCAACAAGAAGGGCAUUGUCAUCCAGCAGGAUUACGAGAACGGCAGCCCUACCGGCAAGCCCACCGCCGGUAUCCCCAUCACCAAUGUCACCGUCAAGAACGUCAAGGGUACCGUCGCCGCCAAGGGCACCAACGUGUACAUCCUUUGCGCCAAGGGUGCCUGCUCCAACUGGAAGUGGUCUGGUGUAUCCGUUACCGGUGGCAAGUCCUCUUCAGAGUGCUCUGGUAUUCCCUCCAGCUCCGGCGCCAAGUGCUAAAUGCUUGAUGAUGGGAAGUUCAGGAGCGGUGCUCCCGGAUUGAAGUUACCAUGACUGAAAAAGGUCAGGAUUGAAGUUGCGAGUGAUGACCUUGCGACUUGGGUGGAAUUUGUGCCGUGAGAUUCCCACUUGGGAUUCCAGCUUGUCAUCGUUCGAUUCUUAGAUACCAUUCGCGGAAUACAACUUAAUAUUCAACUCG